UGAGGGGGGUUCACAAUGCCGCGAAAACAGACGCGCGAACAUGAGCCCACGCCCGAACAAGUGCAGCAGGAUUAUAUGCGCAAAUCUGUUGUGUACCGUUACAUUGUUGUCGGCCAGAAGGUUGACAACAGGGGGGUUAAUAUGCUACGGUGCACCUUCUGCAAUAAGGUGUUUCAAGGAACCCAAUUCUACGCAACGAAACACUUCACCCAGCAGAAUUAUUKCAAGAAGGUGUCCGAUGAUGCAUUGUACCAGAUUGCGCAGAAAUGCACACACCGCUUCGAGGCCGAUCAGGUAAAGAGGGUGCGGCGGUUUGCACACGAGCGUGGUUUCGAUGUCCCGCGGUUGGGUGCGAUGGGUGGCGAGGCGGAGCAUCCUGCACAGGGCGUGGGUGAGGGAGAGGAUACCGAGCGUUAUGCGGAGGGAGGUGUUGCGAGAUAUGGGGAGGGUGCGGGUGCCGCGGAGGAGGACGAGGCACACGUUGACCUUGAGGUUGGCGUGGCCGAGGGGGAGCGGACACCGAGGGGAGAGGGGGGCGUGCCGAAGUCCGAUCCGAUGGCUCAUCAGAGGGCGGUGGACGGGGAGCGGAGGUGCGGGAAGAAGGCCGUCCCGCCUGAGACGACAUGCACGCCGAGUUCUUCGAAGAGUGCUGUUCCUGAUAGAGCAAGGACGCCGGGUUCUUCGAAGAGGAAGGAGGGGGGUGCACARCUUUCUGGCACCAGUGCAGGGAAGAGGCUGCGGCAACAGAAAAUGGUGGACACGUAUGGUGGUGAGUGGAUUGGUGAGUGGAGGAAGGCAUUAUUUCGCUGGGUGUAUUCCAGCGGGAUUGCCUUCAAUGCCUUCCGCAACAAGCCGUACCGAGACCUCCAGCAGGUUGCUCUUCGGCAACCUGGUGGAGCACCUCUUCCCGUGCUUCCAUCCCACAGCGAGAUCGCAGAUAUGCGAACUGUGGAGAUCCACCGCGAGCAGUUGGCAGAGGAGUUGGACGAGGUUAGGCAACCAUUAUGGAGAUGGGUCGCCAUCUUUCAUGAUUUCAGAUUUGGUGGCCCACAGCGGGUCAAUGCUAUAUGCACUGACUCUGCCUCUGCAUACGUGGGGGUUGCGAGGGCUUUGGCCUCGCCAUCUAUGCCCCCUGAGCUGAGGAGGAUCACUUGGCUCCCGUGUUGCGUCCAUGUCUGCAACAAGUUGUUGUCAGACAUUGGCACGAUCUGCACCUCUUUCGUGGACACGAUCACGCAUGCCCGAGUUCUGGUGGUGUUUUUCAAAACCCACMAGGCCGCUCUCAGCUUCUUUCGGAAGCGGAGCGCGGCGUUGGGCCUCGUGCUUUCAUGCGAGAYGCGCUUUGCGUCCGUGUACUCCAUGUUGGAGAGGUUGCUCACUCUGCAGGAUCGUUUGCAGGGCAUGAUGACAGCGGAAGACGGUCGGGCAUGGGCUAGGAUCCCGUGGUCCCCCGACGUUUGCGACAUGGCGCGUUGGUUCGAGGACUUUCACAUGCAGCAGGGUAGGUAUGGGUCUUGGGGCGGGGCAGAGGGCCGCGCUCGAGCGCGUAGUUGCAGCGGAGACUGCGAGACGUUGGAGUGUGCGUCGUGGUGGUCUCAGUACGGGGGAGAGGCGCCCGAUUUACAGCAGUGCGCUCUUCGUUUGAUGCACAUGUGGUCCUGCGCCUCUCCAGCGGAGAGGAACUGGGCGGUCCACGAGGGUAUCCAUACGAAGAAGCGUAAUCAGUUGGCCUUCGAGAAGGUCGUUCAUCUUGUUGAGAUUACCGCAAAUGUGCGGUUGAUGGAGUAUAGACGUGCAGGUUGUGGAUACGUCCUCCCUUGGCAGCGGGACGAGGGCAUGCUUGACGCUAAGGCAGGAUUGGACGUGGAGCCUGUGCGCUCGGGGACGAGGAGUGGGAUGACGGAGGAGGAGAUCGAGGAGCAGGCUKCCCUCAUUGCGCGCGAUCCCAUUGGGUCUUCUGCGCCGCCCCCUGUUGAGUCUGUUUUCGGUGCUCGUGCGACUAUCUUCCGCCCAUACCCCAGGGACGAUGACUCUGCGGACGAGAGGGAGUCAGAAGCAGCGGACGACCCGAUGCUUCCCAUCCCGCGUGAGAUUGAUGAGUUGCACGAGGGGGGGCGAUGUGCAUCGAGCGACUUGGGGGAGAUGGGUGUUCAUAGCGGGGCACCACCAGUGGAGGAGAGGGAGAGACGAGCGGAGGAGCACGGAGCCGCCGGAGCGGGUGGAGUGAGGGUAUUCGGGGUUGAGAURGAGGAGGAUGUGGUGAGGGCAGAUGCUGCUGCGUUGGUUGGGGGAGAGGAGGGUGUGGUAGGGGGGGACGUCGCCCAUGGUACAGGAGAGGGAGGCGCCCACCUUGACCCGAUCGUCCAGCGUUUCGUCGAUGACGAGAUGGGUCCCGCACUAGUGGGUUUGACCCCGGGCACGAGGAGGGCACUGGAGGCGUCGCCAUCAGGACAGAAGGGGGCGUCGGGGCUGGGGCUGGAGGAUUUCAUGGACAUGUCUUUAGGGGAUUUGCCCACCCCUGCUCACGCAGAGAGAGAGGAUGUGGCGCGUGCCCUAGCGGCCGCUGGGUACUCCACACAAGAGAUCGAGCAGGCAUUUGCAGGACGCUCCAGGAGAGAGACAGACUCGCUUCAGCAGGGGUGCGAGGAGGUAGUAGAGCAGCCACAGGAGGAGCGUGAGGAUGCACCCCCUGCGGAUAUCCACGGAGGUAGUAGUUCGUUCGUACCAUUCACGGGCUUGCAGCUGACGACGACGAUGCGGCCAAUUCGGCCGUGUGCCGCUUUGGCAGCAGCAGCACGUGMUGUGCGUGAGCAGACAUCGCGCAGGAGCGGAGUCGCUCGUACGAGUUCCAUGCCUCAGAUGAUACCUGCCACGGGGGAUGCCGCGUUGGAGGAGUCUUCUGGAGCCGAGGGGUUGGAGAUGCCGCGCGGUUCUCGUCGUGAGAAGACCGUCGCAGAGGUGACUCAGGUGAGUGCUAGGCUUGUUCGGGUGAGGAUGGGGGCUGCCCAUGUGACCGUGGUGGAGGACGAUCCCGAGACGGAGCCUGCACGUGAGGAGGCCCCACAGGAGGGUGAUGAGUACAUGGACGACGAGGAGCGUGAGGAGGAGGAGAGCGACAACGGGGAUGAUGACAGCUACCACGACGACGACGACGAGCCCUCCCCUCCACCACGACAUGGUUCUCGUAGACGACGUGGCUCUCGUAGAGGACAUGAUGACGUAGACGACCCGUCCCCUCCAGGGCGGCGGGAGACGAGGAGUCAGAGGAGGCGAGGGUCAUCCGUUGUGACAGCGCCGGGGCGAGGGAGUGUUUUGUCGACACGCAGCACGAGUGGGGCGAGGCAGAGAGGUAGUGGUAAGGGGAAGGGAAGUCGACGGUAUUGACAGCUUCGUUCCCCUUCCAGUGCUUCGACGACGCCUUUAUGUUGUUUGUGCUUAGUGUUAUGAC